UUGCAUUGGCAAAGUUAGUUUCGUUUUAUUUUUAUUCACAAUUUUUGAUGGAAAAAGGGUGGAAUUAAAAUAACAUUAGUUUCAAAUUUGCAUUUAUACUAUCUCAUAGCAUAGAUGCUUUUUCAUUCAAUCAAGAUUACUUUGUUUAUUCCCUCUGUACCUAGAUGAAUUCCAUCAAUUAAUUUCAAACACACAAUAAUUUUUGCAGAGAGCGCCGUAGGCUUCAAUUUGCGCCGAAAUGAUGAAAGAGAACGUGCACUUCCAGCUCCUCGGCCACGUCGACAACGACUUCAUUUUUCAGCUGAAGUUGAAUUAUUAGAAGCCACGUGUAGAGCGGAUUAUCCUGAAGGUAUUUUUGAAUAUUUAUUCAAUUUUUAAGUUUAAUGUUUUAUUUUUUGCAGUGGAACGAUUGCUGAAUGAAGGAGCCAAUCCGAAUUUACAUAAUGAUGAUGGAUUGACACCUUUGCAUCAAUGUGCAAUUGAUGAUAAUCAACAGGUUUGACUUUUUUAUGAAUUCAAAAAUAUUCCAAUAAGUUGAAUUUUUUCGAACCCUAAAUUUUCAUUUUGGAAAAUUUUCGAUUCAUCAACAUUUUCUGAAACAGUGAGAUUUUGUCGACUUUUAGCCAUUCAAAUCAAGUAUUUUCAGAACUCGAUAUUUUUUUUUGAAAAAUCUUUCUGUUUCUUAUUUUUUAUAUUUCAGAUAAUGUUAUUAUUAUUGGAAAGAGGAGCAAAUGUGAAUGCACAAGAUACUGAACAAUGGACACCUUUACAUGCAGCAGCUUGUUGUGCUCAUAUUAAUAUUGUACGAAUUUUAAUUUCAGCGUGAGUUUUUUCUUCAAAAAAUGAGAGUAUUUUGUGCUCAACAAAACGAGCUCAAAAUUAAUUGAAAUGAUUAUCAAAAAUCCAAAUCAUAGUUCACGUCAUAACAAAAAUAGGAACGAAAAAAUAAUUUUUUUGUAUUUUGCAGUGGUGCCAAUCUUUUGGCUGUAAAUGCUGAAGGUAACAUGCCAUAUGAUAUUUGUGAUCACGAAGAAACAUUGGAUGUAAUUGAAAGUGAAAUGGCUGCACGUGGAAUAACACAACAAUAUAUUGAUGAACAAAGAGGAGCACCUGAAAAAGCAAUGUUGGAUGAUAUGAAAUUAUUGCAUCAACAAGGAAGAGAAUUGGAUGCUCGAACACCCGAUGGAUCUACUUAUGUCAGUUUUUUCUUUAGCAUAGACUUUAUCUGUUUUUUGAACUGAAAAUUUCGGAAACAUCUGAAAACUUUAAAAUUUUGAAAAUUCCAAAUCUCGUUCCUCAUCGGAACAUUUUUUUGGGAAAUCUCUCAACGCCCAGAAUUUCAGGGUUUUUUUUAAAUAAAGAACAAUUUCUGAUGGCUUUAGCAGACUUCAAAAUAAUUAGUUAUAAAAAAGUUAAUUUACUGUUUCGAUUUUUUCAAAAAUAUUGAUGAAUCUAUUUGAAAUUUCUUUCAUGAAGCAUUUUAGAAAUUCCAAAAAAAUGUUUUUUUGUUUCCAGUUACACGUGGCUUCUGCAAAUGGUUAUUAUGAUGUUGCUGCAUUUUUACUAGCUUGUAGUGUUUCACCAUUAAUUCGAGACAAUGAUUGGUGGCAACCAGUUCAUGCGGCUGCUUGUUGGGCUCAACCAGAUUUAAUUGAAUUAAUAUGUCAAUAUGGCGGAGAUAUUCACGCGAAAACAAAAAAUGGAGAAACACCUAUGGGUAAGAGAAAAAAGAUAUAGGAAAAUGAGAAAAAAAGAAUAUUUUCAGAAUUAUGCGAAGAUCCAACAACUCGACAAGUCAUUUCAACAAUUGUGACAAAUGAAGCGAGAAGAAGAAGAUUAGCAUUUGGAGUAAGAGAUAGUAGAAGACAAAGUAAAAAGUGAGUUGAUUUGUGAUUAUUUUUAAUAUCAAAAAUGCGAAAUUUACAGAAGAAAGAAGUUCGAAUCACCACAACAAGGAGCAACUUCUGGUGAUAAUCCAUUUUCGGCACGUGGUGCAAUUCGAAGACAAUCAUUGAGAGAUCGAAGUGGAAUGACACCAGCUAGAAUUGAAGCACAAAAAGAAGGAGCUGAUAUAUUGAGGUACUUAUUUUAUUUUCAUAGGGAAAACGGAACUUUUUCUCGGAAUUUAUUUUGAAAAAUCAUUUCUAAUGGGGUGAUUCAAAUUAAAAAGAAAUAAUUGAAAAAAAAACUUUUUUUGACAAAAAAAUUCGAUUCAGCAAAUCUCAAAAAACUAUUUUUUUUUCCUAUUUUUGACAUUUGCUGAAUCGAAAUUUUUGUCAAAAAAUGUUUAUUAUUAUUUUCUUUCGAUCUGAAUAACCCCAUAAUUUUUCAAAACUUGGAUUCUAAAAACUUUGAAAAAUGAUUCAUCAAAAAAAAUUUUUUUUCAAUUUUAUUUCUUGAAAAAGUAACAAUCAAAAUUGCAGAUCUUGGUCGAAAGAAGAUGUUUCAUCAGAUGUUCAUUCAAAUAAUCAAACAGCAACUUCUUUAUCACAACAACAACAAAGAGAAUCACCGAAUAAAAGAGUUUUGAAGGUUUGUAAACCUCUAACAUACAAAUUUUAUUUUCAAAACUUAUUCGUUGCAGAGUUCACAAAAUAAGCAAGCCAAACCAAUGUCACCGGAUGAAUGGCUUCGAAAAUUAGAAACAAAUGCAGAUGAUGAUUUAGAUACAACACUAAAAAGAUCAGGAAGUACACGAAGAAGACAGAAAAAGACUGGAAAUAAUAAUGGUUUGUCACUUCUUAUUUGAAUUUAUCAAAAAUAUAAACUUUUUUCAGAUAUGUCAGAUUCUCGAAUUGGAGAUGCACGGCGUCAAAAAUCUACGUGUUGUUGUGUCAUUUGUUAA